AUGGCUCCUCCCGUGGACGCUACCGGCGACGUCGUUUGCAAGAAGAACAAGGGCCUGAAGAACCACAAGAAGGCGCAGAAAGAGAAGGCGCUGGCGAAGCGCACCGCCGCCGCCGAGAAGAUUACCGCGAAUAAGGUUUCGUAUGCGCCGGUCGCUCCCAUGGUUAUCAACAAGACUGCACCUGUACAAGGAGACGUUAUUGGAAAUACAGGGUCGUCGCCCAUGGUAAAGACUUCUACGCAGGUCAUCGUGGAGUCGUCCGAUCAUUCUCGACAUGAUUCGGCUACUGACGAGACGGUCCUCACCAACCUCGUCGCUCUUACUGGAUCGCACACUACCAGCGGUACCAAGACCGCUCCGCCGCAACCGCACCUCUGCACACAUUUGCCCGUGGUUGUACUCGAAGACGUCCUUACUGGCUCCAAGAACAACACCUUAACCAAGGUAGCCGGCAACUCAACCAAACUCGAACAUGAGUCGAAUAGUAUAUCUUAUCCCAAGACCGCUCCUCCUUCUCCUCCAAAACUCACCACUACACAAAUCAGCCUACUCAAGACUGCUCCUUCCUCUCCAAAACUCACCAACACACGAACCAGCAUGCUCAACCCCACCGCCCCAGCAUUCCUCUUCGGAAAGAUCACAGUCGCCCAAACCCCACCCGCCGUCCAAAUCACCCUCACAAAAGAAGACACCGCCCCAGGAUGGCCUACCGAAAACGCGAAAGCGUAUAAAAAGGCAUACGGCGUUAUCGCCCAGCGCAAGGCUCUAGAAGCCGCGCUGAACGAAAACAUGGAGACGCCACGCCAGAGGCUGAUUCGCUGCAAGUACAGGGUUUCUGUUGACGCCGAGUUCCAUCCUGAGGAGCCAGUGCAUGACUUGGAGUGGGCGAUGGCCUUGAUUGGCAAGCCAGUUCGCAAGUGUUUCGACGACAACGGCUUUGUGAUCACGCCGGUUAAGACGGGCUUGACUGAAGCUGAUUUGACGAUUCCAUCAGCUCUCGACGAGUUGUUUGCGAAAGUCAAGGCUGAAGGCAUCUCCAAGAUCAGCGCUCCCAUCUCCACGGCUCACAUAUCCCCCACCCCCGGUGCUACAUCAACGAAAAAACCCGUUACAUCUCGUACCCUGGCGUCCGUCGAGGCUGAAAUGCGUCUCGCCGCCCCAAAACGCCCUUCCCACGCCCCCUCCUUCGCAGACCCCGGUAUCGUAAAGUACACCUUCCACGGCCAGGAUUUCGACAACACCGGCAACCCGCUUACGGAAACUGUGAGCCAAAGGGUAUUGGGCUGGCUUGAAGACCAGCCGACGGAUCCACCGGAACUCUCACCGGGUUCUUCGCGGCAGCAGAGCCGAGAGGCUUCGCCGCUUGAGCCUGGGGAGGAAAUCGCGCCUCUGACCUUCGAUUCCAAGCCGCCUUCGUCGGAGGGAGGACAGGUUUGGCCCGCGCAGGAGAGCCUGCCCUGGGAUAGCCUACAAGAUGGGUAUGCUUACAGAUCCGGUGUCCCGGUGUACCCGUACAUUGCUUCUGUCGUCCGGGUCUCUGAAGCCCUUCCCGGUUCAUGCGGAGAACCAGAGUAG